AUGGGUAGAUUUGAUCCACAAUUACGUUUUCUAAAAUAUAAACCGCCAUCGAAGAUUCCGAGAGCGAUUCUUGCGCCGAAUUAUCGUCUCAAUCAAUUUCAAUUUCGACAAGCAUUACCUGCACGAUUACGAGAUUAUGUCCGUGGUGGCGGAACAGCUGCAUCAGAAUACACUUGUGGCCCAUUGAUGAACAUUAUGUUAACUUGUUUGCAAAAAAAUGAAUAUGAUAAUUUUGGAUGUGAAAAGGAAGUUGCUGAUUUUUAUGCAUGUGUCAACGAAUUUCAAAAAACAAGUGCGAUCGAAAAAGAAAAUCUUAAAGGUGGUGGUGAUCCAGAUAAAGUAGUCAAACAAUUCGCCAAAAAUCGGCAACCAGCUUGGCUAUCGAAUAAACUUUUAAAAACAUACCCAACAUCAUCAUCUGUGGAAUAG